AAAAUCCCAGAAGUGGGAUGAAAUGAACAUCAUAGCUACAUACCACCCUGCAGGCAAAGAUUAUGGCUUGAUGAAAAUUGAUGAGCCGAGUACUCCUUACCACAGCAUGAUAGGAGAAGAUGAUGAGGAUGCAGUGAGUGAUUCAGAAUAUGAGCCCUUAAGAGCAGAUGUGUUGAGUAAAAAACUGGCAGCUGCAGCUGAAGGUAGAGGACCCAAGAUUAUAGCAAGGCAAGAAGAAAGCAGUGAGGAGGAGGACGAGGAUGAAGAAUUAACACCUGAAGAACGGGAGAAAAAGAAACAGUUUGAAAUGAAGAGAAAAAUGCACUACAAUGAAGGAAGAAACAUCAAACUGGCAAGGCAGCUCAUUGCAAAAGAACUACAUGGUGAAGAAGAGGAAGAUGAUGAGGAUGAAGAGAUGCGUGAUGCUGCAGAUGUAGAAACAAUGAGUACAGAAGCUACUGAACAUGACUGAGAUUUCUUGCUGAUUGAAAUGAAGAUGGCCAGUCCAGUCAGUGAUGCACAUGUUACUCGUGACCAGCUGGAAAGUAGAGCACACAGCCUAGAAGAAAUCUGUCCAGAACUGUAACUGCUUGUCAAAGACACAAAUAUAAACAUCGCUUCAUGAUUUUUGCAAUUAAGGCUCUUAAAUGUUAAGAAGCAUAUCAGUUACAAUGUUGUAUUGCCAAGAAUGUUAAUUUUAGACUUGUCCAUUAGGCAGAAAACACUGUCUAAUUGAUUUUUUCUUGUGCCUAGUAUUUCAUGGAGAAUACUGCUUCAUAAUUUCUUCAGCCAGAAUGGCAUUCCCUGUAUGUAUAGCGCUGAUUAUCUUGUGUGAUGUACUGUUUCUCUUGCUUUGAAACACUCACUAUCUUUUGGUUUUUCAUUAUUUAUUUGAGAGUGUUCCAGAUGUGGUGUCUCAUACAGAAUGUUUUGGGAUUCAAGAGCCAAACGGUACAGCGUAUAUCAGAUUGACAUGUAAGCUAUUUAUCAGAUGUGUUAAGCAGUUUAAAAAGGGAUUAUUCAAGUCCUACAACUUUUUUUUUUUGUAAAGCAUUGACCUGUUAAUCUAGAUUUCAGUAUGUUUUUACCUGCACUUUCCCAGUCUUUAGAACAAGAGCCGUUAUUUCUUUAGAGCGGUGUUUGGAAUAAAUUGUUAGUUUCUGACUAAAGCAGUACUAACAUCUUGUGGAGGGAGUGUUUUUACACUGGAAACGGCUAACUUGAACUUUGCAUUUAACUUUCAUAACCUCUUCCAUCAGGACUGGUUGUUUUGUGGAGCUCUCUCUGGCUUAUUGUGAGAAUGUGCAAGUUUCCUCCAGCAUUUCUCCUAAAAUCCCAUCCACUGUUGCUCUUCUGGCUUUUGUUCCAAAUGUUUGGUUCUUUCCAGUUGCAUGAACAGUGUUUGUGCUGUUAGCACCUAAGGAAAAACAUACCAGCCACAAAGAAAUAUACAUCAGGACUGAAGAUGUGCUGAGCUUAGGCUCUGGCUGUUUAUUAAAGAUAACUGCUGUUGAUCUACUCAUUUGGGGUUGGCAACUUCCAUACUGAAAACCACUGGUCUAAAUCUUCCUGUGUCCAUUGCAACUUACAGCAACUGCUUUUGUAAAAUGAAGGCUUUUUGGAAGCUAGAAGGGAAACUGCUUAAUUCAAAUACUUGUUUACAGUGUGGUUGUAUAGCUGUAAAGAGGGAUUCUGCACCUCCAAAUUGCUGUAAAAACUUCCCACUGGGUGGAAUUUGACUGGGAAUGUUCCAGUAUUCAGAGUAGUUUCUGGGUUUUAUUACACAAAGUACACACUUAAGCUUUAGCUUGGUUAUGAAAUACAGUGUAUAUCUUAAUUUUGAUCUGAAUUUGAUAUGUUGCAAAAAUCCAUAUAAUUAUAUGGAUCUAUUUUAAAAUGUCUUUUUCUCCACUGUAUAUGUGAAGUUUGAAUAAAGGAAUGAAAGUUAUUUUACAGUUACAUGCAUUCUCAAGUGUGAGCUUUCCUGAAGUUCCAGAGAAACUGAGAGUGAAUAAGGCAAUAGGAUGCUGUUCUCUGAAAGAUAUUUACAGAAAUGAUUCAUUAGACUGGAUGCAUUGCCAAAGAUACCUGUGAGUUGUGCUAACUGGGUUUUGUAGUGUGCCUUUCCCAACUAUCUCCUCUCCUUAAUAGGUAACAAGAUUGUCAGUUUUGAGUUAAUAUUCUAAGGUCCUGAAUCAAGAGUAAUCGUGUCUUUUCACAAGAAAGAGUUGAACUCUUGAUUCUGGCCAGCAUGGUGAUGCUAAUUUUUCAACAUGCUGGGUGCUAUUUCUUUUUGUAUCAAAUGCCACCUGCAUAGAGUAAACAGGGGCAAAGGGUAAGCAUUUAGAUACUUCUGACUCGCCAAGUCACUUGCUGUAUCUUUCAAUUUGGCUCCCAAGAAUAGGAUUUCAAAACUUUAGGUUUGUACCCUUUAUAUACCAGCUUGCAGUGUCCAGAGUGUUGGCCCGUGUGCACUGAGCUGUAUUUCAGCCAGAGCAGCUGCUGGCCUGGCCUGCCCCAGCUGGGCACUGAAAUCUUGCUGAGAGGGUGGCAGUGCUUGGCAAAACCGUGUCGCUGUCAGACUGAGCAUGGAUGUGGUGAGCAAUGUGUGCAGGUAACAUCACUGUGAUCUGUGAGGCUGUGGAACAUAUCACUUGUACUUUGUGCUAAGUACCCAUGGGUACUUUGUACCUGCAAUUAAGGUAGAAUCCAGCAGCAGCAGCUAGUGUCCUGCCCUCCUUAACCCCCCCUUUCUUGUAUGCCAGGCCAUCUGGUGCUCAGCAGGGCUUCUUUGUACCCUACAAGAACUAGAAAGCAUUUUGGUUAACAAACAAACUUUGCUAACUUCCAAUAAAGACUCUUCCUGAAAUGGCUUCCAAAAUCCCUAAUGAAAUGAGUAUGUAGCUUUGAGGGAGAUACACAAAUUCAUGAAGAUGGUUUUGACUGAACCAGAUAAUGUAUAGUAGGUCCCUUCACCACUCAGGUGAUUUUAAGCUGCUUGGGUGAUCUCCCUUUUUCUGUGCCACCAAACACCUAAAUUGCAAGUUUGAUGCUAUUUUGAAACUUGAUUUAGUUUGGGGUUUUUUUUUAAAGGCUUUGUUCUCUGCAUUCUCCUCAGUGCUCGCAAAAAUUCUGUUCACGGUGCUCCUUUGUUUUCCUCAGCAGAAGUGCAACCUGAUGUCCCUGACAUUGCUUCUAAUUGAAAGGCUGGUUUACUUGGUUUUCUCUGCUUACACCGUGAUGCAUUUUAAAAGCUAAAUCGGGCAAGUUUUAAUUUGCAGUAGCUCCAGAAACUCCAUAUACCUUUUUUUACAAAGGGAUGUCUGAUUUCCUUCUGCUUGAGAAAUAUCAGUUAGAGUUCCCUGCUGAAUGGGAACAGGAAAAUAAAUGUCUUUUCUCUUGUUACAUUUGAUGGGGAAUUAGCUUGCAUGCACUUCUUAAUCUUUAGGUGCAUAUGGUAAAGACUCGUGUACAAUAUAGAGUGGUGUAAAGAGGAAACAAACACAGUCCUUACUUACAUGGACAGUGAGCUCCACAGCACCUUAAUUGUGAAUCUUCUUGCACAGGUUUAAGUCUUCAAUCUUCAUCCUGUUUAGAAAAACAUUUUCAAUAUGCUUCCAAUAGGAAGAUCACUUGCAAAUAAGAGCCUUAACUCAUGUGUAUAGAUUUUUUUGUGUGUCUUUAGUUUCUUUCCCACCAACUUGUACACAAUUCAUGGAAACUGCAGAUACUUUUUCCACACUCUAAUGUUAAACUUGUGCAUCUUACCAGAACUCUUUGUUUCUGUAAUAUGCUUUUUUUGUGGUAUUGUGAUGCCACCUCACAAAUGUAAUUAUUCUGUUUGAAACUAGUGCUAAGUGUCACAACAUAAAUAAAACCACUGUUUUCAUUACUGCCUUACAGCACUAAUACUAAUCUAAUGUUUGGCUUCUUGGAGCUCUUCAGAAGAAACUGGCAGCUAAAAUUGGCAGGCGUGUUCCUACUUAAGUUCUUAAACCAAUAUUGUAAUUUCCUCAUGACUUUCAUUUAUUGUAACUUUGAUGUAAAUUGGUUUGUUCACAGAGUCAGAUUUGCUGGCUUGCCUAGACCUGAGGGUAGAUCUGGUAACCUGAGUA